CUCAGAAUUAAAUUUUUGUAAUCUUUUGAAAAAACACCAGCCAUUGGCCCUAAAGGUUUAGCCACUAAAAACAAACGUUCAUCGCACAAAAUCUUCUUCGCCUUCGAUUCUCCGCGAAUCUCAUUUCCUUCCGUCACCACCGUAAAAGAUGAAUGACAAAGGAGAAAAGACUUGUCCUUUAUGUGCUGAGGAGAUGGACUUGACUGAUCAGCAUCUCAACCCUUGCAAAUGUGGUUACCAGAUAUGUGUUUGGUGUUGGAAUCAUAUUAUAGAGAUGGCCGAGAAAGAUAAGACAGACGGUCGCUGUCCUGCAUGUCGAACACCUUAUGAUAAGGAAAAGAUUGUUGGAACCACAGAUAGCUGUGAAAGGUUGGUUGCUGAACUUAACAAUGACCGGAAAAAAACACAGAAGGCCAAGCCUAAAGCUUCUUCAGAGGGAAGGAAAGACCUAACUGGUGUGAGAGUCAUCCAAAGAAACUUGGUUUAUGUUAUGAGCUUGCCUUUCGAUCUGGCUGAUGAAGAUCGUUUUCAGAGGAGAGAAUACUUUGGUCAAUAUGGGAAAGUCGUGAAGGUAGCAAUGUCUCGAACGCAAGCAGGGGAUAUCCAACUAUUUCCAAACGAUUCCUGCAGUGUAUAUAUUACUUACUCCAGGGAAGAGGAAGCAAUUCGAUGUAUACGAUCAGUACAUAAAUUUGUUUUGGAUGGUAGAACCUUGAAGGCAUGUUUUGGGACCAUGAAGUACUGUCAUGCAUGGUUAAGAAACAUGCCUUGUAACAAUGCAGACUGCCUUUAUUUGCAUGAGAUCGGUGCCCAAGAGGAUAGUUUCUCAAAAGAUGAGACCAUAUCAGAGCACAUGAGGAAAAUUAUUGAAGAAAUUACUGGAGCGGUGGCUAAUUUCCCGCGGCGUUCAGGAAAUAUGUUACCUCCACCAGUGUAUGAUAAUGACUCUAGCACACGACAGAUUCCAAAAUGUGUUCCGAAUAAUCCACAGAGUGUGGUUAAAACUUCUCGACCAAAUAGUAGCAACGGCCGAUCUGUUACUCUUCCGGCUGGAGCCUUGUGGGGAAUGCAUGCUUCAAGCCAUUCUUCUGUACCGAAUACACCAUGCUCUGGGGAACCCUUAAGAGACAAAGGAGUCACAGAUGAUAAUCAUACUUCAUAUGGGAAUUCCUUGAAACUGCUAGAACCAUUGAAUAGCCAGACUGAUUUUCCAGAGCUUUCCUUGGUUAAUAGGCCCCAGACCAGUAAUAGUAAGGCAUUAGUUUCUGCAAAUGUGGAUAAUAGUAGAGUUGUUAGUGUGCCAUCUGCUUGCAAAGAUUUUCGAGAGCCUACUCCUCAGUCAGGUGGAUCCAUCCUGUCCAAUGGAGACAAAAAUAUUAGUAGAGGUAUACAGAGUGUCCCCAGCGACGCUGUGUCAGUGGAUUCAGAUAGUGUUGUGGAUGGCUAUGGGAGGCUAAGAAGGUCUGACAGUUUGGAUGUUGAUCGAUCGUCUCAUACAGAAGUGUCCGGAGACUCUCUACAGCAUUUCGUAGAUGAAACAAGAGAUUUCCGCCCAUUAAAGAAGACUGGUCUAACGAACACAAAUGAAGUCGUUGUCCCAAGAGAAGAAGUCAAUGCAGGCAGUGCUUUGAUGUCUCCAUUGGUGACAGAUAUAUCAUCUUUCAUUAGAGAAAGACUCAAGGAUCCUGAAGUUUUUAGCUGUCAGCCCAAUAAAUCGGGUUUGCUACGCACAAUGCAGCCUUCUUCAUCCCAGUAUAAUCAUGAUGAAACUAGGAGUCUGUUUGGGUCUUCCUCGGCUGAAAGCAGAGGAACUAAUGUAGCUUCCAUCUCACAUGGAUAUAACGAGAUACUACAGAGCGAGCCCAGUCGUUUAAAUGGCAGUCUUAAUCAUUCUAUGGGUUUUCUUGACAGAGCAAGGGACACACAAUCAAAUGGAAACUGUGACGUUGACUCAAGUGAAGUAGAUGACAGGAUUGCAAAUAUAUUGUCGUUAGAUCUUGAUGAGUACUUGACAUCACCUCAUAACUUGUCGAAGCAACUAGUGGCAGGCGACUUAGAGGCCAGGUCUCGUAAGCUAGUUAGUUCCAGCGAAGUUCAGAACAAUCAAUCCCGGUUCUCAUUUGCAAGGCAAAAUGAAUCAAAGGAUCAAGCUUUUGGUUCUUAUAACGUCUUCAACCAGAUGCCACAUGGCAGUGACUUGUACAAAAAUUCUUCAGAACGACAGAGUUCUGAUUUGGAUAUGCUUGGGAUGUACAAUGGUAUUUCAUCCAGUUAUCUCAAAGGAAUGGAUUAUGUCACGCAAAACUCCACUUUGCCCUCGUCUUAUAGACCUCCUUCUGUUCCAAGAUGUCCGGUCACAAAACCAUUAGGAUUUUCAGUUGCAAGUCGACCUCCUCCUCCAGGCUUCACGUCAAAUGGGCGAGAACAGCAGACAUUUAAUGGAUUUUCAGGAAACCAUCGUUAUUCUGAUUCACCAGUGCACAUAAACCCAUAUCAUCAAUCACUUCCAACUGAAAACAAUAGUGGUGUCAGAGACGUGGUUCAGUUUAUGGAUCCUGCGAUAAUGGCUGUAGGUCAGGGCUUUGAGAACCCAAGCCUAGAUUACCGAUCGAACUUUCAAGGAAACACAAACAUUUUUGCAAACGAGGCAAAGUUUCAACAACAACAGGCAAUGCAGAGUCCUUUGUCUUCGCAUCAAAAUUGUAGAGGCACUGACUCUUUGGGAAUGGCAUCAAGGUUUACAGAUCAUUCUGAAGGGAGUAGUAACAUACUAUCUAGGAACAUGGCCUUGCCUAAUGGCCAGUGGGAUGGGUUGAGUAACGAGAUCCAAAGUCUAAACAGGCUCCAGAAUGAGAGAUUUAUUGGGUCAACAAAUCGGAUGAAUGGUUACAAUGGGACUUUCAGGAUUUAAACACCAUAUGUCAGAAUCAGUCAGUUAGGCAUCACUGGUCUGGUCUAGGAACUGCGCUUAGAUCGCCUUGACUUUGUGUCAUAGCUUCUUGUUACUUAGAAACAGAGGUGGUUGUAAAAAAACUUUAGGAUUCUUUUCUUGGUUUAUUAUGCAUAUUUCAUCUUCAACAUUUUAUUUGGUUUGUCAAAUAUGAUUAUCAAUUAUGAUGCUACAUAGGAUUUUAACUUCAGUUGAUUCCUCUUAAGAAGAUUUUG